CUCGGCCCUCUCCUCUGAUGAGACGGUCUCUGUGGUUUGCCUUCUUGACACACCUUUUGUUGUCUCGUCUAGCUUGAUUCUCAGGCGGCUAACGAUUGCUAACAAGCAUCCUCCGCCCCGACUACCCGCCGGAGGUUUAGUGAAGUUCGGGCAAAAAGAGUUACGCUGAAACCGAGCUAGCCGAGGAGUGACGGCCGACACCCUGCCAGGUAGUUUGUCUCGUAAAGAUGAGUGGUGAUGAAUUGAACCCAGCUGCAGUUGCUAAACCAGUAGAGGAUGUGCAAGGAGAUGGACGAUGGAUGUCACAGCACACAAGAUUUGUGCAGGAGUGUAAGGAUGCUGAACCAGAUGUGCUUUUUGUGGGCGAUUCUAUGGUACAACUAAUGCAGCAGUAUGAGGUCUGGAGGGAGUUAUUCUCUCCUCUUCAUGCGCUCAAUUUUGGCAUCGGUGGGGACACCACCUGUAAUGUGCUGUGGAGGCUGCAGAACGGAGAGCUGGAGAACAUCCGUCCCAAGGUGGUGGUGUUGUGGGUAGGAACCAACAAUCAUGAACACACAGCAGAGCAAGUUGCAGGAGGAAUUCUUGCUAUUGUGCAGCUGCUCACCUCUCGCCUCCCCAAGGCAAAGAUAGUUGUACUGGGUUUGUUGCCCCGAGGGGAGCGACCCAACCCACUGCGGGAGAAGAAUACGGAGGUUAACGCGUUCCUGCGCUCCUGGCUGCCCCGAGUGAACCAGGCUCAGGUCCUGGAUGUGAGCGGUGAGUUUGUUCACUCUGACGGAGCCAUCAGCCCGCAGGACAUGUUUGACUUCCUCCACCUGACGUCGACGGGUUACCGCACCUUAGCCAAGCCCCUCAGCGACCUGCUGCUGCAGAUACUGGAGGAGACGCCGGAGGAGAGACGGGCGUCGCUGGUAUGAGGGGCCGUCGCCGAGCAGCACGUUUAUCCAGAGGCAUGUCUCACCCGCUGCUGUGGGGAGACGGGGGAGACAUGUCGCUGGUAUCUGGAGGAGGAAGGGCUCACUCAUAAGGGGGGAGAGGCACCCUGAUGUGAGUGGGCCCAGGAGGGAGUGGGAUCACAUUCAUGAGGAGGGUUGGGUGUGGAGAGGUGCUGAGGAGGGAGAGAGACCUCACUACAGACGUAGACACUGUGAUUGCAGUAGUAACCUCUAUUGCAAAAGGAUUUACAAAGGUCAGACUACUCUGAGUCAUAGACAGAUAUACUGAGAUCACAUGGGACUGCAGCGGCACACACACACAGAUUAAUCUUGGCCUGUGGAUAAAACGAGUGUUUCCCUCUGUCAGCUGUGCCACGGAGAUGUGAAACAAAUAGAUCCAAUUUCUCCAUCCGUGUUUGGUCUGAUGUCAACAAAACGGUUUGCUGUGUAGCUUCUCUAUUAACACGUGAGAAGUCCAGCGCACAACAUACUCACAGAAGCCAGAGCAUUAUCCAACACUGAAUAUUUUUACAAGUCUGACCAGUAUGCCGCACAGCAGUGGUUCCCAACCAAAAGUGUUGUAAGAAAAACAUUACGGGUGACAUUCAAGGGAUAGGAUGAAAAAAAAAACAUCUCUGUUACACAAAAUUUUGUUAAUAUUUUUUCUUUCUUCUGAUACACUGAAUACUUUCACCUCUCUAGGCUUCUAAAAAUCACUCUUUGGUGUGAAAUUGUGUCCUUAAAAAGUUGGGAAUCACUGCUGAGAUGCACACUUUGUAUUGCAGUGUUUAAAAAACUCUCACUACUGGACGAUUUUGCUUAAAGCAUAAUCCAGCGAAGCAAAUGUCACAUAAAAUAAUUUACCCAUAUUUACUAUGAUACAUUUGUCUUUCCACUUCGUGUGUGUACUAUUUCAUAUACUCAAAACAAGGAGCACUUAUUCUGCUAAAUGUUUACUAUUGAACUCAAGUGUGUAGCUAAUUAGAUGUCUUUUUAAACUGUUCAUGAAUAUAAAACAGAUCAGUGUAUAUGUGGAGAGCGAAGUACUUUUCCGCAGACCACACAUACAGCUGAUCACUAAACCAUCAACAAUACAACUUAAACCUGAUGCUGCACGCACGCUGUAAGACGAGCCUCGGCUUCGAUGUAAAAUCAGCCAGCGCUUCUGUAUUAAAUGAUCAGUCAGAAUCAUGUAUUCAUACAUAUUCAGUGGUGAUGUUAGACCGUCUGAUAAUCCAAAACACCCCUGAUCCCUGAUCCCUGAUCCCUGAUCCCUGAUCCCUGAUCCCUGCUGCCUGCGCGCUAAACUUCCACCACACCAGGCAAGUGCGUUCACAUUUUACUUGCAGAAUUACAGAUCAGCAUUUGGGUCCAAAUAAAUAGAAUGUGACGUUUUAUUUUAAUGUCUACAAAACAAGUAGGUUAGAAAUUAUUUUAAUUAAUUUAAUUUUGCUGAACUAAAGCCGAGAAGCUUUUGAAAUUGUGUUUAACGACUUCCUGGGUAUCUAUGGAAGGACAUUUUUGAAAGGGACAAUAUUUCAGUGCAGAGUCCUGCACAGCUAAUUUUCAUGAACCACUCCCGAACCAAAAGCGUGACGUGCAAUACUGUACCCGCCCGACCCUAAAAUGCAAAUCCUAUAAUUACCAUGCCCUGCACAAAUCUUUCAGUUUGGCAACACCCUUAGAAUGAUCAUUUUGAAACAUCUCAUGUGUGAAACUUUGAUAUUUAAAAGUGAAUAUAAUUCAGGAAAAAUAUACAAUUUAAAUGAAUAUUUUUUGCUUAUUUUCAAAGUAUUAAGCAGCAUUUCACCACAGUUAACAUUGCCUGUAAGUAACGCACCUGUUGGAAGCAGUUAUUUUCCAGCUGGUGCAGAGAACAGCCGACAGAAAAAAAUGUCAGCAGGGGAUUUAAACAAAAAACAAAAUUACUCUAAAUGAUUUAUAUGUAUUAAUCAUCCAGCUCCUGCAAUCCAUGCAUGUUCCUUUUUCCCUCCCAGAACCAAACCAAAAAUAAAAUUUAGACAAAAAAUACCACACGCCGGGCACCUGCGGGUACCCAGCCGGGUGCAGGACUGUGUUCCAGUGUCAUGAUAAAUGUGUGCGUAUUAUUUUUUAGUCCAACAGUGCACUUAAUUUGAUUUUUCAAAACAAAGUCACAACACCUGAGAUAAUCUGGUUUCCUCUCCUCUUGUUUUGACAUCACAUUGCUAAUGACAACACCAGUUAUUCCUUACCAAAACAGACACUUGUCUCUGCGUCUCUAUCUCACAGUAAUCCAUCCAGAUAUUUAGUCUGACACUUCAACUAGCACAGGCUCUCUCUCCCUCUGCCUCCUUAAUACAUGAACAUACAGCUUAUUCCCUUAGAAGCACCUCUUUAUUCCGUUUCUCACCUCCUUUUUAAAAUUUCUCCCCCUAUUGUGUUUGUAGUCAACUUUCACCCUGCCCUGCCACCCUGAGCCCUGACAUCUCUACAUGAUGUAGUUACUGGAUAUUUUUAGAAAUAAAAAGUAGCCACGUGGUUAAGCUACCGAACACAGCUAUACUAAAUAUUGUCACGCUAAAUGCUUAAAAGCAAUCACAGGUCAUGUAAAGAUACCCAUUCGUCUGUGAGCUUCUACUGUUUCUUCAUGGCUCGGCUCAAAUUGUGGCUGAGAGUCUCUUGUCGAGCAUCAGAUUAUCCGACGUUACUGCUGUCUUAAGCUCUGCACAUUUGCGUGCUGUGUUAAAUAUAAAUAGUGUAUAUGUGUGUGUGCCUUAAGUGUUAAUGGGGACGGUUGUGUACAGUAUGUCUGGUACUGGAUUGUGUAAGUUGGGGCGUGUGAGUGUCUAGAAGUGACCCCAGUUGUAUAUAAGACGAGAAGCUUGAUGAAAUGAUGUUUGAAGGGGGUGCAGUUUGUGGGAGUCUGUGUUUGGUGCGAUACAGCAUUUGCACUGAUUUGGCUCGUUGUCACAUUAUUGAGGUAAAGCAUUCCAAUAAAAAAAAACAACAAGGAA